AUGGCAGCUUCGGCCCUGAUACAGCCCGACAUUCAUGCGCCCGUCAUCGUCAAGCCACAGUUGUACGCGUUGUAUGUCAAGGAAAAUACUCGUCUCGACGUGCAUGUGCAGCACGAUGGCGAGCAUAGGGGGCGCACUGUGCACCACCUUUGCAUAGAAACCAACGAUGAUGCAUUCGCUGUGCCGCAUGUGCGCGUAGUAGCGCCUUGUGAACCAUACACCCACCCAUCUGAAGAGCCCAAUGACAACUCGUUUGCUGCACGCGCGCUUCGUAUGGCACGCGUCUCGCUCCCGAUAUCAUUGUCGCUUUGGCAAGUCUGGGCUUGUACCUAUGUACUCUUCACGCUAUGGCCUGACCAAGAGUACUUUGUGCUCGAAGCAGAUGGCUGUGCAUGGCGUAAGCCACUUUUGUCUUCUGGCCUUGCGUUCCCUCACCCCGAUCACAUUCAGCAGCAAGACUGGCUACACAAUGGCACCUUGGUUGUAUCGCGCGCAGCUUUCUGGCAGGGGGCGGGACCAGGCGGCCCACAUGUUUGGGUGCCGUUCAUGGAGACCAAUGCAGCUUUUCCCAUGGUGCAGGCGUCGUACAAGUGCGCACCACAGGGUCUAGCAGCUGCGCCACUGCAUCCUUUCCGUCCUCCUGCUUCCGACGUGACACAGCCCCUAUACCGACGCUAUGUUCCUGAGGUGGGACAGACUCUUUCUUUCCGCUGCGCCCGCUCAAAUUGUGAUGCUGAUGUAGAUUUGCUGCAUACAUGGCAUGCAACAGACCGCGUCAACACGGGCUGGCGCCAGAAUAUGCCACGGGAAGCUCACAAAAAAUAUCUCGAAGACCUUGAGGCCUCGAGCGAUCACAUACCACUUAUCGCUGAAUGGAAUGGAGAAGCAUUUGGUUACAUGGAAAUCUACUACGCCAAGGAAACGUCUCUUCGUACCUACUACGAUGCAGGCGACUUUGACCGUGGAUUUCACGCAUUGGUCGGUGAGGAAAAGUUUCGUGGUCCUCAUAGGGUGCGAUCUUGGAUGGGCAGUCUCAUCCACAUGCUGUUCCUGCUAGACCCGCGCACGAUGCGUGUCGUCAGUGAGCCACGCGCCAGCAAUACCAAAAUGGUGGAGUACGAAUGCCUGUGUGGCGGACAUGUGGAAAAGCUGAUUGACUUUCCCCACAAGCGCGCAGCGCUCGUGUUUAUUCCGCGUGAGCGCUUUUUCCAGUUGUGCCCGCUUGGUCCACUGCCUGGGCGCACUUAG